CUCUCUCUCUCUCGUAAGUCUGCUUUCUUUGCAUCCUUAGAGUUUUGGUUUCUUCAAAGUUCUUACAUUUUAUCAAACCCCAAUUGAAAAAAUCCCAUCUUUACAUUGCUUGCACUGAAAAAAAUGAACAAUCUUGAAAACCCUAAUAGUUCAGCAAUCGUGAAAGAGAUGAACUUUUUACCAAUCUGCCCUUCUGGGCAAAGGCAAGACGAAGAGCCGUGGAACAGUACCGGAGGUAAUGCUGAUCAAACAGAAGCUGGGUUUCUUAGUUUGGCUGAGAAUUCAAGAGAGGAACAAGAAAUUGACAUUGAAGGAGGAGAAGGAGAAGGAGAAGAAGAAGAAGAAGAAGGAGAGAGAGAGAUCAAGAGGAAGAAGAAGAGGAAGAGACAUAGUGGUGAGAAGCAAAAGCUUUGCGCAAGAGGACAUUGGAGACCGGCUGAAGAUGCUAAGCUUAGAGAGCUUGUUGCCCAGUUUGGCCCUCAGAAUUGGAACCUCAUUGCCGAGCAACUUGCGAGGAGAUCAGGGAAGAGCUGUAGACUAAGAUGGUUCAACCAAUUGGACCCAAGAAUCAUAAAGAGACCGUUCACUGAAGAGGAAGAAGAGAGACUGUUAGCGUUACAUAGGCUCUACGGGAACCGCUGGGCGUUGAUCUCCAAGUUCUUCCCCGGACGGACCGACAACGCCGUCAAGAACCAUUGGCACGUCAUCAUGGCUCGCAAAAUCCGACAACGCCACUCGACCUCCGCUCUCAACUCGAGGCGGAGACCCAGCCACAACAUCAUGAACAGCAGCAGCAACAACGAUAACAACAAUGCCAACACUGCUUUCGCCAAGGGCAUCGAUGUAAUUUCACAGGCCGCGGCCGAGGCGGAUGAGUCGGUCUCGGCUUGCACCGAUCUCUCCCUCUCGCCGUCUUCCUCUUCUUCGGCCAGGGCUCGCAAGGGCUUCUUCUUCUUCCACGAGGGCUCUGCUCAAUUCCAUCACUACAAAGGAGAAUCUGAGGUGAGGAUCAGAAAUGUGAACGCUGACAAGCUCAUUGACAAGAAUGGGUCUGAGGCAGUGGGUAAAGUGGACCAAUCAACUCAGUCUGAUUCUAACUCUGAGCUCUCAGGGGCUCCAUCUCACGAAAUUACCAAUCUGCCCUCCGGUCCCGCCCCGCUCGUGUGUCCUUUCAUCGAUUUCCUUGGACUCGGACGCGAUGUCUAGUUUUGUAAUUUCCCUUCUGGCAUCGGCGACGUCAAGAUAUUGUGGACUUUUUUUUGUUUGUGUUGAAUGGAAGAGUAGAUGUUUGAACUUGAAAUCCAAUGGUACGAAGCAUUAA